AUGAACCGGUGGAGAGUGUACACGGGUCGCCUGUGAGACGGAUCACGCGAGGACACUUGACUUUAUCGCUCCCACGCCAGCUCAUGGAAUAGAAGUGGUGCUCUCCAUGACCCACGGGAACCGCCGCGCCGCCACACACUGAUCGCAGCGAAGGACACUUGCCACACAUAUUCCAGAUGCAGGAAAUCAUUCAGAUGUGCAGCUUCGACGGCACCAAGUCCACCAAGGGCGCCUCCAAGAUGCGCCGCGACCUGCUUAACUCGGAGAUCAGUCAGCUGCGGGACCUCCUGCCGCUGCCGCCGUCCACGCGCCAGAGGCUGUCGCAGCUGCAGCUCAUGGCCCUCGUCUGCGUCUACGUCAGGAAGAGCAACUACUUCCAGCAAGUGUUCAAACAACAGGACCAGAACCUCAGCCCGACGCCUAACAUUGGAUUCUCAAAGGCUAUGAAUGGUUUUAUCAUGAUGCUGACACAGGGAGGGAAGCUGUUGUAUAUCUCUGACAACGCUGCUGAGUAUCUCGGACACUCCAUGCGGCGAGUUCUACCUGGGCUACAACCGCUCCUCGCUGGCCGGCGUGUCGUGGUACCACCUGAUCCACCCCGAGAACAUGCGGGAGGCGCAGACCAAGCACAGGCUCAUCACAGCCAGUGAGCAGGAUCGCUCGUGCAUCCUUCUGCUGCGCCUGCAAGCGGCUGGAGGGACGUGGCGGUGGGUCCACUGCGUCCUUCAAGUCAAGGACGGAAUAGAGUCGGGUCGGUGAUCGUGGCGACGAACCAGGUCCUGGGCGAGAAGGAGGCGGCCGUGCUGCGCGCCAACUCGUGGCUCUACCACUACUACACGAUGCAGUCCAAGCUGCAGUACGGCCUCGCCUACGACACGCACGCGCACCGCGUCCACGCCUACUACCCGCAGGUCAUGACCUACCAGACUGACGCCGCCUCCUCGUACAUGCCGCCCACGGCCCUCAACGGAAGCCACGCCCAUUCUCACACCCACGCGCCCGCCGCCCACUCGCCCUACUCGCUGGCCUCACCCUCCGCCUACGC